CCGGCCAGACGCCAUCUUGCUGGUUUGCGGCCGGUCUUGGAUGUGGCGGCAGCGGUGGUGAAAGCGUGGGGAAGGGUGGGGUGAGGGGGCGAGGCCGCGGCGCGGGCGGCUAAACUCUCCUCCCCUCAGCCCCACCGCGUGGGACGGCGUGAACGGGGUGUCGGAGGGAUGUCAGCCUUCUCUGAGGCGGCGCUGGAGAAGAAGCUGUCGGAGUUGAGCAACUCGCAGCAGAGCGUGCAGACCUUGUCCCUGUGGCUCAUCCACCAUCGCAAGCACUCACGGCCCAUCGUCACCGUGUGGGAGCGGGAGCUGCGUAAAGCCAAACCAAACAGGAAGCUUACUUUUCUCUACCUAGCCAAUGAUGUUAUUCAGAACAGCAAAAGGAAGGGGCCGGAGUUUACAAAAGAUUUUGCACCAGUUAUAGUGGAGGCUUUUAAACAUGUUUCAAGUGAAACUGAUGAAAGUUGUAAGAAGCACCUUGGAAGGGUAUUAUCUAUUUGGGAAGAAAGGUCUGUUUAUGAGAAUGAUGUAUUAGAACAACUUAAGCAAGCUCUGUAUGGUGAUAAGAAGCCUAGGAAGCGAACUUAUGAACAGAUAAAGGUGGAUGAAAAUGAAAACUGUUCCUCUCUGGGAUCUCCAAGUGAACCACCACAGACUCUAGAUCUUGUUAGAGCAUUGCAAGAUCUAGAGAAUGCAGCUUCAGGUGAUGCAGCAGUUCAUCAGAGGAUAGCAUCUUUGCCUGUUGAAGUUCAAGAAGUAUCCCUACUAGAUAAGAUAACAGAUAAAGAAUCUGGAGAAAGGCUUUCUAAAAUGGUAGAGGAUGCUUGUAUGUUGCUGGCAGAUUACAAUGGCAGAUUGGCGGCUGAAAUAGAUGAUAGGAAGCAACUCACUCGAAUGUUAGCAGAUUUUCUUCGUUGUCAAAAGGAAGCCCUUGCAGAGAAAGAGCAUAAAUUGGAAGAAUACAAGCGCAAGUUAGCCAGAGUUUCCCUGGUGCGCAAAGAACUCAGGUCCCGGAUCCAGAGCCUGCCAGACUUAUCCCGAUUGCCCAAUGUCACUGGAAGCCACAUGCACCUGCCCUUUGCCGGGGACAUCUACAGUGAAGAUUGAUGACCAGUCUCUUUCCAAGGCCCAGGACUUUGCAAGAAAUGGAGACAGUGCAGAGAGCUGUCUGGAGUGGCAAUUUCAACAGCUUCCCUGGCGUUCCCUCUGCUCCUUCCAUCACUACAGUAAGUAAAAUAACCACCUGGGGGAACCCGGGAGUCUGAGAAAAAUCAGCUGUGCUCAGUAGCCAGCCUCCCCCUCUAGGAAAACCAGUCCAGAUGCAGCUAUUUUGGUCCCUCUUCUCACAAGCACUCUGAAUCAGGGUUUUUCUAUACGAAUUUCUUCAGAAUCAGCAAAAGCUGGGAUGACCUGGUUAUCUUGAUUUGCAAAAUUAAAAGAACAAAACUAGGUUGUCAGUUGUCACUGUAGAUGAGCAGAUCGUCAAUUAAAGUAGAGUUAUUGAACUGGCUCUGAGAAAAAACUCAAAAGUACAAAUUAAUUGGAAAGUUAGAAUGCCCUUUCUGAAUUUUCCAUUCUAAAAAUUUGUAUUAUAUGAAGUAAAAUAAAGCUACAAAACUGCUUUGUAUUCUAUUAAGAAAUAGCUCCUAAAAGAUGUAGUCUUGUUUCAUAGUUGUUGCACUAUAUCAAAGCUUUUUAAAGUGUAAACCCAGUUCUUCUCUGUAUAGAAAGGGAGCAUUGUGUUACUGAAUUUAUUUAUACAGAGCAUUUGUUAACAUCUGUAAUUCCAGCCAUCUGCACACGAGUCUGUUCUGAGGUGGCAAUAGCACAUGGGAAGAUGAAGUUUCCCUGUUUAUUUACCCCUUUUUCUUUGCCUGUAUCUGAUGACAAUAUAAGAUGUUCUUAAUAAAGUUUUAUGUUGUUUUUGAAA